UUUGUUGUAGUCCAGAGUAUCGUAACUGCUGGGUUUGGGUAGUGAUUUGUCAUAUUGGCAACCAUUUCUUGAGUGUAAUAAGGUUAAAACUGCCCACUAAAACAUGUAAGUAAAGCAGCUUCUUAGGGAGUGGUAUUCGAUCUUACAUUAAAUCAGUUGAAGUCCUGUUUGGUUGAGGGUGACUUAAUUUUAUUUUUAAAGAAAUGAAGUUAUGCUUUUUGAAGCUUUGUAGUUAACUUGGGUGUAAAAUACUGCAUAGGCUUUGCUGGAAAGGGUACAAAUCUGUGUUGAUAUAUUUGGAAAACAGUUAUGUGUACUGGUGUCUCUAUAGAAACUGAAGUAAAGUGCUAUAAUUACUUUAUAUGGGCUUCUGCGUUUCUGCUGGGGCAGUUAUGUCUUCGGAGCAGACUGGGUUCAGCCCUGGUGGUGAAAGGCUUCACACUGUUAAACCUUUAAACUUUGUAGCUGCUUGAGAGGGAAGAAAAUAGAAGUUCAGCAUGUUCUCUGUGUGUGUGUGUGUGUGUGUCUGUGUGUGUGUGCGUGUCUGUGUGCGCAUGCGUGUGCGAGAGAGUGAAAGCUGUGCAGGCUGUUCAGCUGGGGCAGUCGGGGAAGUGACGUCCUGUAUUAUUUGUCGUUCUAGAAAGAGCGGAGGCACGUACUGUAGAUGGGAGGACUCUAAAGAAGGCUGUCUCUUGUCCACAUCUCUACGUUGCUAAGACACUGGACACUGCUUUCUUUAUAGCAAGGAAAAUCUGAAUUCCUCCAACACUCAGGAUGGGGAAGGAUUAUUAUUCUAUCCUGGGAAUUGAAAAAGGGGCUUCUGAAGAGGAUAUCAAAAAGGCUUACAGAAAGCAAGCGCUUAAAUGGCAUCCAGAUAAGAACAAAUCUCCCCAUGCAGAGGAAAAAUUCAAAGAGGUUGCAGAAGCUUACGAAGUGCUGAGUGAUCCCAAAAAGAGAGACAUUUAUGAUCAGUUUGGGGAGGAAGGUCUGAAAGGAGGAGCUGGAGGACCUGAUGGACAGGGUGGUACCUUUCGGUACUCCUUUCAUGGUGACCCACAUGCUACAUUUGCAGCUUUCUUUGGUGGCACAAAUCCUUUUGAGAUCUUCUUUGGAAGGAGGAUGCCGGGUGGCAGAGACACUGAAGACAUGGAGGUGGAUGGUGAUCCAUUCGGAUCCUUCACUAGUUUUAGUAUGAAUGGUUUUCCAAGGGAAAGGAAUACAGUUGGCAGCCAAUUACGCCGUAAACAAGAUCCCCCUGUAAUCCAUGAACUUAAAGUGUCAUUGGAAGAGAUCUAUCAUGGCUGCACAAAAAGGAUGAGGAUUUCACGUAAAAGGCUUAACCCAGAUGGUAGAAGUGUCCGAACAGAGGACAAAAUUCUUACUAUUGAGAUUAAAAGGGGAUGGAAAGAAGGCACCAAAAUCACUUUUCCAAAAGAAGGUGAUGAAACACCCAACACAAUUCCAGCUGAUAUUGUUUUUAUCAUUAAAGAUAAACCUCACUCUUACUUCAAGAGAGAUGGAUCAAAUAUUAUCUAUCCUGUAAAGAUCAGUUUAAGGGAGGCUUUGUGUGGCAGCUCUAUGCACGUGCCAACUAUAGAAGGAAGAACCAUACCCAUGACAAUAAACGAAGUUGUAAAGCCUGGGAUGAGAAGAAGAAUUAUAGGAUAUGGUUUGCCGUUUCCCAAAAAUCCUGACCAAUGCGGAGACUUAAUUAUAGAGUUCGAAGUAAUUUUCCCAGAUAACAUUUCUCCAGCAUCAAAAGAAGUACUUAGGCGAAAUCUUCCGGUUUCAUAAAACGAAGACUGUGUAUAUCAACUGUUUAAAUAGGACACUGGAAAUGCAGAAGACUGGCAAGUCUGUGCUUUAAAAGUGCAAUCUGUAACAACUAGUGGAAUAUUUGGGGUUUUUUUGUUUUGUGGGAUGGGUGGGGGGAAAUACUGUAAUGCUGCAUGAGAAGACAAGGGUUAAAUACAAGUCAUACAGGUGACUUCUGCAGUAAAAUUUACAGGGAAAACCACUCAUUUUAUUUUACAUCAGAAAAGUUUAUUCAUUAUUUUGCCUAAUGUAAAAUGUAGUCAGUUUUUACAAAGUGCAUAUUUCUGAUACAGUAAGAUAUACUACUUAUAUCCCUACGCUAUCUAUAACAUUACCCAUUUAUACAAAAAUUGGAGAUGAUAGUAGAAAUACAAAAAUGUAUAGAUAUUUUGAAGAGCAAACAUGAUACCAUUUUGGUAUGUUGCCUUCCACUGCACAAAGCAUAGGCUGGGAAAAUCAGCUUGGACUCCUGAACCAUACCCCAGUGGAAUGAAAGCAUUUUGUUUAUCGCCCCAGAAUGUGAGGACUGCAUUGCGAGACUAGUGAAGGGCAGUUGUGGCUUGAGGAGCAAGAGUAGCCAUUUGCUAUGGGAGAGUUCCUCAGCCUUCGGGCAGAACAGCAAGAAGGGGUUCUGCAAGUACAUGAACAGCAAAUGGUGGGCCUCCUGUUGAAUAGGGCAGGGAAGCUGGUGACAAAUGACAUGGAGAACUCUGCCUUCUUUGCAUCAGUCUCUCCCAGUAAAAGAAGCCUUCAGGAAUUCCAGGCCCCUGAGACCUAAGAGGGAGGUCUUGGAACCUCAGUGGUAUCAGGGUGCACUUAAGCUGGAAGUCCAUGGGCCUGACAGGUUGCACCCUUAAGUGUUGAGGGAGAUGGCUAAUGCCUUUGCAAGGCCACUCUUAAUUAUCUUUGAAUGGUCAUGGAGAUUGGAAGAUGUGCUGGUAGACUGGAAGAGUAUAAAUAUCACUUGUAAAUAAGAAGGAAAAUUUAGAGAGCUACAGGCUAGUCAGCUUCAUGUCAAUCCUUGGGAAGGGUUUGGAGAAAAUCCUCCUGGAAAGCAUUUCCAAAUACAUGGGGGACAAGAAGGUGAUCAGGAGUAGUCAGCAUAGGUUUACAAAGGCGAAAUCGUGCUUGACCAAGCUCAUUGCCUUCUACAGUGAGGUGACUAGCUUUGUGGAUGACAGGAGAACAGUCCACAUUGUUUACCUUGGCUUUAGUAGACAGACUGAUAAAGUACAGGUUAGAUAAGUGGAAAGUGAGCUGGAUUAAAAACUGGCCAAAUGAGUGGCACAGGGGGGUAUAAUCAGUGGCAGAAAGUCCAGUUGGAGGCAAGUCAGUAGUGGCGUACCUGAUGGCUCAAUACUGGGGCCAGUACUAUUCAACAUCUUCAUUAAUGACCUGGAUUAUGGGAUGGAGUGCAUCCUCAGCAAGUUUACAAGUCACAUAAAAUUGGGAGGAGUGGCUAGUAACACCAGAUGAUAUACUGCCUUUCAAAGGGACCUCAACAGGCUGGAGAACUGGGCAGAGGAUUCUCACAAAGUUCAACAAGGAGGGGAAUGCAGAGUCUUGCUUCCUGAGGAACAACCCAAGGCACUAGUACACCCUGGGAGCUGACUGGCUGGAAAGCAGCUUUGCUGAGAUAGACCUUGGGGUCCUGGUGGGCAACAAAUUAACCAUGAGCCAGCAAUGCACCCUUGUGGCAACAAAGGCCAAAGCUUUACUAGCAGUCUGAGGGAGAUGAUCCUUCCUCUCUUCUCUCGGCCCUGAUGAGGAUGCAUCUGGAGUACUGUGUCCAGUUCUGUGCUCCCCGGUACAAUAAAGACAAUGUUUUACUGGAGCGGGUCUAGCACAGGGCCAUGUAUGAGAGGCUGAGAGAGCUGGAGCUCCUCAGCCUGGGAAAGAAAAGGCUGGGGGGGACCUUAGUGCGGCAUGUAAACAUCUGGUGGGGGGAGUGAAGGUGGUGGGGUCAGGCUCCUCUCAGUAACUGUCAGUGACAGGGCUCAGAGGCAGUAGACACAAGUUAAAAUGCAGGGGAUUCCAUCUGAACACAAGGAAACGCCUUUUUACCGUGAGGGUGGUCAAACACUGGAAAAGGUUGCCCAGAGAGGUUGAGGAGUCACUAUCCUUAGAGAUAUUCAAAACCUGACUGGACAUAGUCCUGGACAGUCUGCUCUAGCUGACCAUGCUUGAGCGGGGGUGUUGGACUACAUGAUUGCAAGAGGUCCUUUCCAACCGAGAUGAUUCUGUGAACUUGGAUGUAGCACUUUUCAUGAGACAGUGCUAUGGCCGCAUUCUGCAAAUGAGGCUUAGGCCAAAGAUGGACGGUACUGAUGUGACAGCUUGAAUCCCUAGGGAGUAGGUCUGUGCUUGAGUGGAAAGAUGCACAAAGAACACUGUAAAAGCAUUUGGCUAGUUCAGGUAUUUAAAGAUCAUGCUGAUCUCAAGUAUUCAUUAUUUUCAAAGACUGACCUUUACUCCCAGGAAGAGGAAGGAAGAGCCUAGGUCCUAGCUAAAGGAAAGUUUGCUUAAGAUACAAAGUGGGAUAGGGGUUGCCCAUAAACUUUUGUAUUCUUGAAUUGAGUCUUUUGAAUACAAAUACGAGUUACUGGUCUUUAGAGGUAAAAGGUGCAUAGGAGAAUGGAGAGCCCUCUGUAAUAGUCUAGUUUUAUAAUACAGUAAUAGGGCUGGUUCCCUUGAUUGCGGCAUGGUUUUGGUGAAAGAAAUGCCUUGCAGGUGUGCUUUAUCACUUGAGUUUAAAACCAUAAUACAGUGCUUUAACAACACUUUCAAAGGUUUUUGUUUGUUUGUUUUUGUUUUUUUAGUAAGAAAAUAUGUAAGAUUUGCUGUCAGCCUUUUGCCUGUGGAAAUUUAGUAGUUACCUGCUCUGUUAGGUAGCUUAAGAAAUAGCAGUGUUAUCUUCAUAUAUGUGAUUUUCUGCAGGAAAGUUAAUCCUAUGGAAGUUGGGAUUUAAUUUACAAUAACUUUUUAAUGAGCACAAGAAGAAUCCCAUUCUAUUACACAAAGGAAUAGAACUUCUGGGAGAUGCUGCUUGAGGCAGUUUUUCAGCUGCUGAUCUCUUCAUACAGUGUCAGUUGGUUGUAGUCCCUAAAUCUACAAGGGACUAAACAAUUGCUGGAGCAGUAUCACAAAAAAAAAUUUGCUGCUUAGUGCUUACACAUAUCAUUAUACUACAUAUUGUUUGUUCAAAAAAUUCCCAUUUCAGUAUGUUCCAUAUUGCAUUUCUUACGUGGUUUUUAAGUAAAAAGUGUAAAGUUGGUUUUUAACUUUCUCUUAUAUUUUGUUAUGACAGCAGAUGCUAUAAGCUACAUGACUUUAAAAGCAUAUCAUCCUAAAAUACCUGUUUGUUAGUUUAAAAGCUAAUAGAAUUGAGCAUUUUGUAAUCCAAGAUCUUGUAACCAUAGUCCAACUUGUAAAAAAAAGUUACAGCAGCUAGGACUAUUUUUUGUAACCACCUUCAGGUAAGAGUAGUAGUGUUAAAUUGAAGAAUUGCAGUAUCUUGUGUAUUUAGAGGUAUAUAUAAAUAUAUAUAUAUAUGUAUAGCAACCUAAACUUUUCCAACUGUUUUCUUGCUCAAAAUACAGAACUAUAGGACUGGUAUGAAAUGCUUGUAUUUCUUUUCUUAUGGAGAGAUAACAAAUUAUAUGUUUCAGAAAAUAGGGUGUGGAAUUACUUCAAAAGUAUGAGAGGGAGCAUUAAUAUCUAUCUAAUCCAGGAUUCACAAAAAUUAAUAUUUUUCUAAUCAAAGACUGUGCUUAAAAGCUAUGUUUUAAAACUCACUUGAUUAUUUAAUAAAGGCUACUUGGGAGAAGGCGGCAAAUACUUAGUCACCUACUAUAUCCUUAACUGCUGAAAUACAUGGAAAUAAAAUGGACAUUCAUGAAGCUGGGACAAGAAGGAUGUUUUGAUCUGAAGGUUGCUUGGGUGCCAUAAAAAGUAAAGGUCAUUUGGUUAUUUUGGAGGAGUUCAUUCAGCAAGUCUAUGGAAACUUUUUUAAUCUACCAAACAUCAAGCUUUAACAUAACCUCAAGCUUCUGGAAGAGUAGGGCAAGCGACAUUACAACCAUUUCUCCUUUCUGCCAUGCAGUGGUACUCUGUGAUUGCUCCAGAGUGGGCUUGUUGACAUCAUGAGGAUAUUAGUAUUCCACUCUUCCACUGAGCGUUUUUUUGUAUUAUCUGUGCUGAAAACUUGUUGAAGCCUAUUUGUGGUGUGUUGAACAGAUGUUAGGGUUUUGGGUUGGUUUUGAGUCCUGACCUGUUUACUUUGUUACAGAAGUAACAGACUGUCAAACUGCGGUUGGGUCUGCAAUGUUCCUGCCACCUUCAUCUUGUAACUUUGUGUGUACUCACUUCCAUUUGCCUGUCAUAGGGUGGAAGCUUUCUCCUCAUUUUUAUGUCCUCUUCUAGUGUUCACCCCUAUUUUCAAUAUGACCUUCAGUCCAAACCCAGCAAACAGUGCUGAAGAUGAGCAAUAUGUAUUAUGAUGGUCAAAUGAGAUUAUCAGUGUUCUAAUUCUCAGAUGUGAUAGUUGUAGUAUUUUUAGUAACUGUUCAAAACAGUGUCCAUGUCCGAUUCUCAAAAAUCCAAGUGUAGGGAGGAGACAUCCAUCAGAAUGAUGUACAGUGCAGUAAAUGAAUCAAGCUCUUGGACUGGUUGUACCUGCAAUGCUAAAGGGCCAAAGCAUGGAUGAAGAAAAGGUCUGUAGCUGGCUUGGUUUUAAAGACCCUGGUUGAACUGUGCAGAGGUGUCAGUGUGCUGUAAAAUUCUCAACCUUGCACAGUUUUGCUUAGAGACUGGAGGAGACAAUUGUUGUGACUGGAUAAUCUGCUAUUAGUUGUGCAUUUUUUUGUUUUGGUUUUUUUUUUGGAGGGCCUGUUCCAAAAUAUAUCACCAGCCUGGUAAGAGAGUUGUAUUUGGCGGAGAAUCAGUUCUACUUGUUGGUAAGUGCCACUAGCCCUAUGUUUGCAUAAACUAAACUUCCCAUAUUAACGAGUCAUGCCGUGUGUGAAUUUUUUUUUUUUGAGACAUACUGGCUGGCAGUUAGUUUUUGCUGAGAGAGGAAAACAACAGUGUUUUCCAAACCCUAUUUUCCUUGGCCUUUAGUUAAGACAUGUUUACAUCUCUUUUUUUUAUUCUUAGCCUAUAAUCCUUGAAUCUUUCAAAAUAUUUUAGUCCUAGAAAACCCCCCAAAUCUGUAAGCCCUUAAGAUGCUUUUGUCACUCCCCAAUGACUUGGUCUCACUAAUGUGAUGAUGCAGUCUUAAAAUGUGAUUCUAGCAACUGUAUAUCUGGGGUGCCACUGAGCUAAAGGAGUGAAGUCCAUAGCCUUUGUAAGGGCUUUGCUUUGUUCAUGGGCAACUGACUGAUUUUAAAAAGUGCUAGGCUGGUUAAUCGUAAUGUCUCUCAGCCUGUCAUUACAGACUGUUAUUUCCCUGCUUUUAGGCACUUUCAUACUUGAUGAUGACCUGUGUGUCUGGCUGACAGGAUUAUCCAGUAGCAAGUACUUCAUUGAUAGGGGGUUGAGAGAAUGGUGUGUGUGACUGAAUGGUGCCUGUAGUAUCAGAUGGCAGAAAGUGUGGAAUGCACAACGGAAGGGAAAGACACUAAACUCGGAUGCUUGUGGAGAAGAACAGAAGUAUGUGUAUGAAGAUCGCGUCAGUCUUGCAUUUGAAGAGCACUCCCUGCCAGAUCCAGAGUCGCUUCCCCUGAUUUCAAUGGUAUCAGUCCCACAGGGAUCCACUUACAGAGCUCCAAGUUGGAGUGAUCAUGGCAGCUCUUGUAUUGUACUGGCCCCCUGUAUUAGAUUAUAUAGUUGGUGAAGCAUCCAGAGGUGACUGGACAACUGACUGACUUCAAUUCAUGAGCUGUAAAACAACUAAAUGCAAUCCCUUUCUUUCUAGCAUGCACAUCUUACGUGCUAGCCUGACUCACUGGAAACAUACAUUGUGGGUAGAAUAGGUUUUACCCCACCAGUGAAAUUUGCUAUGAUUCAGGGUGAAAUUCUGUGCACUUAAGUUCAUAUGUUAGACCUAAGAAAUACUGGGCAUGGACAUGCUACUGUAAAUAUUAAGAGACAAUUUUCCAGUCAGUAAAUGCUAGUCUUCCUUUGCAGCUGACAUUAAUCGCUCUUGCUAUAUUGCUUACUGAACAAAUCCUAUAGACCCAGGGUAUUUAUAUGUGCACUUACUGCUUGGCAUGCAAGCUGGGCAAACGGCAGUGCUAAUCUCAUGAAGUACAGAAUCGCAGCUCUUCAUUUGUCACAUAGCUCAGCAAUGGACUGUUGGAUGGCAUGAUUUGCUUCCUUCAGGCUCCUCCAAUUAAUUGUUCUAGUAUUUAGAGUGAAAGUUGAGGUCUACUGUUGCUCCCCUUGGGUCUAGAAGGUGUAACUGUCCUGUGCUUGUUUUGUUCCCCUGGAGUUCCUGGCUUACCCAAGGGAAGAGCUAUACAACAACAAUCUUGUUAGUCAUGCCUGGUUGCUUUAUCAAGGACAACUGAUCACCUUCACACUCCUGCUGCCCUACAUAAUUAGAAAAACAAAAUCCCUACCCAGCCAGCUCCUGUAAUACCGUAUAGCAUUUCCCUGAAUAAGUACUUUAUGUCACGCUCAAAAAAAGUGUCUUGACUCCUUGUGUUUAUAUCCAAAGAAAGGUUGAUAAACUGGGUUCGUUGAGAAGCAGCCCUUGCCAGAAAAGCUGUGACCGCGUGUAACAAGGACCUAGAACCUGAGAGCAAUCCAGGAAAACCAUGUAUCUUUAUUUUCCUCGUAUGCUAGCAAACAGAUUUUAAAAGAAAUAGGAAGCAGGAUAAAAUUCCCUGGCAUCCCCUUUUGCCCCCUAACAAGUCACAAUUCCAAACCUGAAGUCACUGUUUGAACUCCUGUCUUAAUGAGGAAAUACAAUCUUACUGAACGGCCUUGUUCUGCAGUAUGCUCUGAUGGCUUUAAAAAAAUAGUUUUAACAUUACUUAUGAGUAGGAAAUGUCAAUUUUAUUUUUAUCAACAUUCUUUUGUUUAGAUAGCUUAUAUAAAUUUUAUGCUAUGGUUGAUAUUUAUAAACACCAGCUAUGUUUCUUCUCAGUCUUAUUUUCAUUAGACCAAACAAGAUAAGGUCAUGAAAUAUCUUAAAAGCAGCUCUUUAUUCUCUGGUCAUACCAGUAAUUCUUUUAAGCAGUUGCUUCAUUUGGAACAUGAGUGACCAGAAGGGUAUGAUACGCAGCGGGUAAGAACUGCCUACAUCACAGGCAGGUAUUUUCUGUGUGGUGUAAACAAUAUGGUACUGAUAUACAAUAUAUAUGGACAGUUUGCAGUAUAGCACUGUGGCAUUUCACGUCCAGUAACAUGACUCUGUUCUAUGCCACAUACUUUCUCCACAAACUUUAUGGCUGUUGCAUGCCACGAUUCUCACAUCCUAAGUACCAUGGCUGAGAAACUGAAGACUGGGAUAAGCUGCAGCAUGCAAAAUACCCACAGGAUAAAAGAACUGAAACCCAUUUUUCUUCUUUUUUUUUUUUUUUGUGGUACAUGGUUUAUUUUCCUUCUAAUUAUUAAUGUUUUUAUUUAAAUGGUUAACUCUCCAACAAUGUCAAUUACAAAAAGUUAAAUUUAAGUAAUUUUUGGGUCCUAACUAUCCUGAAUUGCUGGAGGCUUAUUUGGAUUAAUGAUCUAGUUUUGAUGUGCGCUAAUUAAUGUUGGCAGAUAUUUCCCUGGAGGUUAAACAUUUCCCUGGAGGUUAAACAUUCAAGGAAUUCUGAGAGCAGUACUGGUUGUAGUUGGAGACAGUGUCUUGUGUCCAUUACAGGCUUUUAUUCUUGGGGGGUUCUCAUCAGUCUGACGCAUUUCUAGCUCUACGGAUCACUCAGUCAACGCUAUGUUAUGCUGGUUAAAUCUAAAUGGUUGAAACUGCUAAUACACGAUCAGAGCAAUAUUAAUAAAUAGCACUUGCAACUUAGCAAAAAAUAGAUACCCGUAGCAGUAAUGGACAGGUGAAGCUGGGUGUUGAACACUGCUUCCCUGUUUCUUGCCAGAGCUGGGGGCUGCUCUGACACUUCCAUGUAGAUGCUGCUGUAGGCUGGGCUUUCGAGAAUAACUUGGCAUUUGUGAAAUGUUAUCUUCCUCUGAUUUAAAUGACAACAAAAAGAUUUAUAUUCAUCUGUUACAUCAUGUAAAUAAUGAUAGCGCGUGCACGCUCCAUACUGCUUGUAUUAAACAGUACGAUGUAAUCUUCAGUUUGUUGGGUCA